AUGCAAACACCAGCAGAAGCUGAAACAGCAGCAGCAGCAGCAGCAACAGCAGCAACAGCAGCAUCAGCAUCCGUGUAUGUUCUAUACCUAUCCUGUGUGCUCUAUCCAUUGCCUGUAGGUCUGCCUGUGGGUCCCAAUCAACAGCAGCAGCAGCAACAACAGCGCAGCAGCAGCAGCAGCAGCAGCAGCAGCAGCAGCAGCAGCAGCAACGGCAGCAGCAGCAGCAGCAGCAGACCGACCGAGUUGCAGUUUAAGGUUUGCUCGUUCGAGUACUUUUUCUUCAACGGUGUGUUCGUGCACAAGUCGAUAAACAUUCACUGCGCGCUGCUGCCCUGCAACACAAACGCAUGCACACACCAGCAAAAGCUGAAGCAGCAGCAGCAGCAGCAACAGCAGCAGCAGCAACAGCAGCACCAGCAACAGCAGCAACAGCAGCAGCAGGAACAGCAACAGCAACAGCAUCAGCAUCCGUCUGUGUUAUAUACAUAUUCUUCACAGCAGCAGCACCCCAUCGCCAGCACCAGCAGCAGAGGCACAAUUUCCAGCAGCAGAAGCAGUGCUGAAGUAACCAUCAGCAGCAGCAGCAGCAGCAGCAGCAGCAGCAGCAGCGGGAAGAAGUUCUUGCCUUCGAACAGGUACGGGUGGUUGCAGGCCUUUCUCAGCUGCACAGCCAAAUUGCGGAGCUGCGAGCGGCCGCAGCCCUCGCCGCCCUGCAGCGCCGCCACGUUCUUCGUCAGCAGGUCGCGGUACAAGGUACGCUGCAUGUCUGCAGCAGCAGCAGCAGCAGCAGCAGCAGCAGCAAGAGCAGCAGCAGCAGCAAGAGCAGCAACAACAGCAACAAUAAAACGCGGUACACAGGCUGCUGCAGGUCUGCACCAGCGCCAACAUGCCGCCAUACACAAUAUGGUGAAUCUCUGCGGCAGCAGUAGCAGCAGCAGCAGCAGCAGCAGCAGUAGCAGCAGCAGUAGCAGCAGCAGUAGCAGCAGCAGCAGCAGCAUCAGGCAGCUAGACGGCUGCCUUACAGAAACUGCAGCUACAGCAGCAGUGGAAGGCAUAACAAGCCCGGUAGCAGCUAAGUGCUUAGGCAGCAGCAACAGCGGUGGCAACAGCAGCAGCAGCUGCUGCAGCAGCAGCAGCAGCAAAACUAACGCGAGAAGGCCCAAACAGAAGCAGGAGCACCCAGAGGGGGCGCACCAACAGCAGCCGCAGCAGCAGCACAAGCCGUAUCAUAAGCAGCAACAGCAACAGCAACAGCAACAGCAGAAGCAACAGCAGCAAAAGCAGCAGCAGCAGCAGCAACAUUCGCAGCUCGAGCAGCAGGAUGGAGAGCACCAUCAUCGCCAUCACCACCACCACCGUCACCACCGCAAGAAUAAUAAUAAAAAGAAGAAAGAGAAGCAAAAGAAAAAGAAGAAAAAGAAAAAGAAAGAGAAAAAGAAAAGGAAAGAGAAAAAGAAAAAGAAGAAAGAGAAAAAGAAAGAGGAGAAAAAGAAGAAAGAGAAAAGGAAAAAGAAAGAGAAAAAGAAGAAAGAGAAAAAGAAGAAAAAGAAAGAGAAAAAGAAGAAAGAGAAAAAGAAGAAAAAGAAAGAGAAGAAAAAGAAAAAGAAAGAGAAAAAGAAAUAG